UUUUUCUGCUGGAUUGACUCUGAUCUAGGCUGGUUCUGGGUUUGUUCUGCUGGAUUGACUCUGAUCUUGUCUGGUUCUGGAUUUGUUCUGCUGGAUUGACUCUGAUCUUGUCUGGUUCUGGAUUUGUUCUGCUGGAUUGACUCUGAUCUAGGCUGGUUCUGGAUUUGUUCUGCUGGAUUGACUCUGAUCUAGGCUGGUUCUUGGUUUUUUCUGCUGGAUUGACUCUGAUCUAGGCUGGUUCUGGGUUUUUUCUGCUGGAUUGACUCUGAUCUAGGCUGGUUCUGGGUUUUUUCUGCUGGAUUGACUCUGAUCUAGGCUGGUUCUGGGUUUUUUCUGCUGGAUUGACUCUGAUCUAGGCUGGUUCUGGGUUUUUUCUGCUGGAUUGACUCUGAUCUACGCUGGUUCUGGGUUUGUUCUGCUGGAUUGACUCUGAUCUUGUCUGGUUCUGGAUUUGUUCUGCUGGAUUGACUCUGAUCUUGUCUGGUUCUGGAUUUGUUCUGCUGGAUUGACUCUGAUCUAGGCUGGUUCUGGAUUUGUUCUGCUGGAUUGACUCUGAUCUAGGCUGGUUCUUGGUUUUUUCUGCUGGAUUGACUCUGAUCUAGGCUGGUUCUGGGUUUUUUCUGCUGGAUUGACUCUGAUCUAGGCUGGUUCUGGGUUUUUUCUGCUGGAUUGACUCUGAUCUAGGCUGGUUCUGGGUUUGUUCUGCUGGAUUGACUCUGAUCUAGGCUGGUUCUGGGUUUGUUCUGCUGGAUUGACUCUGAUCUUGUCUGGUUCUGGAUUUGUUCUGCUGGAUUGACUCUGAUCUAGGCUGGUUCUGGAUUUGUUCUGCUGGAUUGACUCUGAUCUAGGCUGGUUCUGGGUUUGUUCUGCUGAAUUGACUCUGAUCUUGUCUGGUUCUGGAUUUGUUCUGCUGGAUUGACUCUGAUCUAGGCUGGUUCCGGAUUUGUUCUGCUGGAUUGACUCUUAUCUUGGCUGGUUCCGGAUUUGUUCUGCUGGAUUGACUCAUAUCUAGGCUGGUUCUGGAUUUGUUCUGCUGGAUUGACUCUGAUCUUGGCUGGCUCUGGAUUUGUUCUGCUGGAUUGACUCUGAUCUAGGCUGGUUCUGGGUUUGUUCUGCUGAAUUGACUCUGAUCUAGGCUGGUUCUGGAUUUGUUCUGCUGGAUUGACUCUGAUCUAGGCUGGUUCUGGAUUUGUUCUGGUGGAUUGACUCUGAUCUAGGCUGGUUCUGGGUUUGUUCUGCUGGAUUGACUCUGAUCUAGGCUGGUUCUGGAUUUGUUCUGCUGGAUUGACUCUGAUCUAGGCUGGUUCUGGAUUUGUUCUGCUGAAUUGACUCUGAUCUAGGCUGGUUCUGGGUUUGUUCUGGUGGAUUGACUCUGAUCUAGGCUGGUUCUGGAUUUGUUCUGCUGAAUUGACUCUGAUCUAGGCUGGUUCUUGGUUUUUUCUGCUGGAUUGACUCUGAUCUAGGCUGGUUCUGGGUUUUUUCUGCUGGAUUGACUCUGAUCUAGGCUGGUUCUGGGUUUUUUCUGCUGGAUUGACUCUGAUCUAGGCUGGUUCUGGGUUUGUUCUGCUGGAUUGACUCUGAUCUAGGCUGGUUCUGGGUUUGUUCUGCUGGAUUGACUCUGAUCUUGUCUGGUUCUGGAUUUGUUCUGCUGGAUUGACUCUGAUCUAGGCUGGUUCUGGGUUUUUUCUGCUGGAUUGACUCUGAUCUAGGCUGGUUCUGGGUUUGUUCUGCUGGAUUGACUCUGAUCUAGGCUGGUUCUGGGUUUGUUCUGCUGGAUUGACUCUGAUCUUGUCUGGUUCUGGGUUUGUUCUGCUGAAUUGACUCUGAUUUUGUCUGGUUCUGGAUUUGUUCUGCUGGAUUGACUCUGAUCUAGGCUGGUUCCGGAUUUGUUCUGCUGGAUUGACUCUGAUCUUGGCUGGUUCCGGAUUUGUUCUGCUGGUUUGACUCAUAUCUAGGCUGGUUCUGGAUUUGUUCUGCUGGAUUGACUCUGAUCUAGGCUGGUUCUGGGUUUGUUCUGGUGAAUUGACUCUGAUCUAGGCUGGUUCUGGAUUUGUUCUGGUGGAUUGACUCUGAUCUAGGCUGGUUCUGGAUUUGUUCUGCUGAAUUGACUCUGAUCUAGGCUGGUUCUGGGUUUGUUCUGCUGAAUUGACUCUGAUCUAGGCUGGUUCUGGGUUUGUUCUGGUGGAUUGACUCUGAUCUAGGCUGGUUCUGGGUUUGUUCUGGUGGAUUUACUCUGAUCUAGGCUGGUUCUGGGUUUGUUCUGGUGUAUUUACUCUGAUCUAGGCUGGUUCUGGGUUUGUUCUGCUGAAUUGACUCUGAUCUAGGCUGGUUCUGGGUUUGUUCUGGUGGAUUGACUCUGAUCUAGGCUGGUUCUGGGUUUGUUCUGGUGGAUUUACUCUGAUCUAGGCUGGUUCUGGGUUUGUUCUGGUGGAUUGACUCUGAUCUAGGCUGGUUCUGGGUUUGUUCUGGUGGAUUUACUCUGAUCUAGGUUGGUUCUGGGUUUGUUCUGCUGGAUCAACUCUGUGGAGGCACAGGAGACCAACUACUGACAUCUAGUGGUGGCGCUGGAGAUAGCAGCAUCUUAAAAGCCUGAACCAGUGAACCGACUUCCAGUUAAACCAGCAGUUCAAUGAUCUUCAUCAGAGGGACCAGAAAGUGUGGGACCACUGCAUGUUCUCUGAAGUUCUUCCAACAUUUCUUCAUCUUCUCAUUUAAUUUCUCUCGUUAAAGAAGCAUCAAAUGAUUCAGCUCAGAAUGGGAAACAAAUUUAUUCUAAGCUGCUAAUAACCCUGAAAUAAUAAAGACAAAAUGUUCAAAAUGUCUUUGCUGAAGUUCAGAAGUGAUAUUUUAAAGUUGAGCUGAAAAGACCUUCAGAAGAAAUGAUCAGAAGCACUUCAGGGCGUCUCGAUUUUCUCUUGUUGUCACCUUGUUUAUGUGUAAAACCUGCUGAAGAUGUUGGACCUCCAGGCGCUCACACUCCAUCUCCCAUCAUCUCAUCUGAAGCUGUCUCCUCACGCUGGACUUCAGAUGGUUCCUCUGAAGCUGAUUAAUUCACUCUGACGCUGUCAGCCUCCUUAUUCUGUAGUUCUGCUUGUUCUCUGCACGGUAAACUCUGUCUCCGAUUGGUCCGUUUGGAUCUCAAGGCGGGCCCAACAGUUCUCUGACAGCUGAUUGGCUCACAGGAAUCUUGACGCGAAUACCUCACAUGAUUCAGUUUUAUUCUGAGGAGUCUGAUGGACCAUCUGCUGCAGCCCAGAAACAUCUGCGCUCUCUAAAAGUCCUUCAGAUCUGAAAGGUCUCAGAGGUUCUGGAUGAUAUUUUCUCCAGAACAUGUUCUUGAUCCAGGAUUCUGCUCCAGACAUAAGUUAAAUCUUUGAUCCUUUGACUCUGGAAACCUUUAAAGGUUCUGUGGCACCUCGACAUCUUCCGCAGAAGUUUCCGUCAGCUCACCUCUCAUAAGUGCAUGGAGGACUCGUGCAUUUUCUGUGCUCUGAAGAACAUCUUCGCUCAGUUCCAGUACAGCAGUGAGAAGGUUCUACCGACUGACGCUCUGCGCAGCGCGCUCGCCAAAUCCUUCCAGGACGAGCAGCGGUUCCAGCUCGGCAUCAUGGACGACGCUGCAGAAUGCUUCGAAAACAUCCUGAUGAGGAUCCACUUCCACAUCGCUGACGAGUCCAAAGAAGACAUCUGCACAGCCCGACGCUGCAUCCCUCACCAGAAGUUUGCCAUGACGCUCUUCGAACAGUGUGUGUGCAGCAGCUGUGGAGCAUCUUCAGACCCACUGCCCUUCAUCCAGAUGGUCCACUACAUCUCCACCACCUCCCUGUGUAACCAGGCUGUGAAGAUGUUGGAGUCGAGGGAGAAGGCGACUCCCAGCAUGUUCGGAGAGCUGCUCCGUAACGCCAGCAUGGGCGACCUGCGCAGCUGUCCUAGUCAGUGUGGUCAGCAGCUCCGCAUGGCUCGUGUGCUCCUCAACAGCCCGGAGAUCAUCACCAUCGGCCUGGUGUGGGACUCCGAUCACUCGGACCUGGCCGAGGACGUCAUCCACUCGCUGGGAACCUGCCUGCGGCUCGGAGAUCUGUUCUACAGAGUGACGGAGGAGAAGGCCCGGCAGGCUGAACUCUACCUGGUUGGCAUGGUCUGUUACUACGGGAAACAUUACUCCACCUUCUUCUUCCAGACUAAAGUCAGACGAUGGAUGUACUUCGAUGAUGCGCAUGUAAAGGAGAUCGGACCCAAGUGGAAGGACGUGGUGUCGCGCUGCAUUAAGGGCCACUACCAGCCACUGUUGCUGCUGUACGCUGACCCGCGGGGGACGCCGGUGUCCGUGCAGGACCUGCCGCCGCACCUGGACCUCCAGCACCUGAACAAGUCCAGUUACGACAGCGAGGACUCGGGCCGCGAGCCAUCCAUCUCAAGCGACACUCGAACAGACUCUUCGACAGAAAGCUACUCUGGCCGCCAGCCCUCCCAUUCCCACCAUGAGUCCCUGGCCAGUCACCAAUCAUCCGACUCCCAGGGGACCGUCAUAUGCAUGGAGCGGCCCGACAGAACCCUGCACUCCUCCCUCUGCAGCCUGGAUGCCAUAGGCCACCUGACGGACAGUGAGCAGCACCAGUCUCUGGGGAAAGGAGGCGGGGCCAUGGCCAGGAGGCGGAGUUCCAGCAGGUCUCUGCGAAUUAAACCUGAACAAGAACUGUCAUCGACAGGUUACCACAGCGAUGGAGAGACCUUAAAGGAGCAGCAGGUUCCUCGGCACCUUCCCAAACCUUCAUGCUCCUUUUCAUCUUCAACCAGUCGCCUCAGAGACUUUAAGGAGACCAUGACCAACAUCAUCCGGCCCCUCUCCUCCUCGUCUUCCUCCUCUCUGCCAGCUGCCGUCCUCUCCUCUGAGAUCCCCUCCAGCUCCUCCUUCAGCCAGCACCUCCCUGCUUCAAAUGCAACUCUGUGCUCCUCCUCCAAUAAAGUCCAGGACUGGGAGGCCGACAGCACCAGCAGCGAGUCCAGGUCCAGCGCCUCAGGAGGAGCAGGGAGGUACCGGCCAGCGUGGAGGCCACGGAGGGAGACUCUUAACAUCGACACCAUCUUCACCCGCGAGAGACGGAGGCAGGCAGGAUACAGCCCCCUGGGAGGCCCACUGCCUGAUGAUGGAGGAGCUCCUGAACCUGAUGGAGCGCACACCUCCUUCUCAGCCCAGGAUGAAGUGUCGUCCUUUAGACCUGGCUCCUCCCGAACUAUCCCCAGCUCCUUCAGAGCAUCACAGCUCCCUCCUCCUCCUCCCCCCAGGUUGAUCCACAGGAUGGAGAGCGGCUAUGAGAGCAGCGAGAGGAACAGCAGCAGCCCCGUCAGUCUGGACCUGAACCUGGGAGAUGGGCAGAGUGCUGUGAAGAAACCUCCAUCCUCCUCCUCCUCUUCAGGGCCAUCAUGGAGGAACAUCAGAUCAAAGAGCAGUGGAUCUUUGCUGCAGGACCUCAACUCUUCCACCAAAGGGAGCCUCGCGCCCCCUGCAGCCCGCAGCGAGCUGGACGAGCUGCAGGAGGAGGUACUAAGGAGAGCAAGGGAGGAGGAGCAGCAGCGGCAGCAGGAGAAGGAGAGGGAGGCGGCACUCGGCUUCAACCCGAGACCCAGCAAGUACCUGGACCUAGACCAGCUGCAGAUCCAAGGUAAAGGUGACAGCUUUGACAGGUGCGUGACAGAGGCGGAGCUCCUGCUCGACCAAUCUGUGCGUCUGGAGCAGGCGGGUGAGGUCGCAACGGCGUUGUCGGCCGUCAAUGAAGCCGUCUCCAAACUGCGGCCGGUGGCAGCUGAGGGCGGAGCUAGUAGUCACAGUCGACUGCAGCGCUGCAUGAGGAGAGCCCGCAGCCUGCAGCAACGCAUGCAGCUGCAGCAGCAGCAGCAGGACUCUGAGGCAGUAAAACAGGAACCAGAGCAGCAGGAGGAGGAGCAGCAGGCCCAGGAACAGCCCAGUGAAAAGCCUCUCCCACUCACAGUACUUCUGACAGACAACCAGGGUGACCAGUCAGCUGCCUAUCAGGAUCUCCAGGCCACACCCCUUUUCACUUGCCUUGUUAAGCCCCUCCCUACUGCAUCAGAUUUGCCUUAUGACCCCGCCUCCAGUGCUGCGUCUUCUUCUCCAGGCACAGACAGUAGGAGCCCCUGCUCUCGCUUUGGGAAACCCCUCAGUAAUGCCCGGUCCCUCCCUGCUCUCUCUGUGGACACCUGCUUGGAUGACUUGGCCCCUCCCCCACCACCUGAAGAGGAGUGGUCUAUCCCUUCACAAGCCCCGCCCCCACCAGGGCCAUGUUCCCGAACUCCAUCACCUGCUGACUCCAACAACAGGUGUCAUGUGAUGAUGGUGGAGGACCCAUGUUACACCAAAAACAACCAGGCCCCGCCUCCUUCCUCCUGCCCAACCAGGAAGUGGUCUUGUUUAUACCUGAACCAACCUGAUGAUGUGGAUUCUCCAGACCUACCUGUCAGCUCCUCGUUUAACUCACCCUCAGACUCCGCCUCCAGCACUCCACCUGUGAGCCAGCCCAUCAGGACCUGCUCCCCAUCCCCCAGUCAGGUUCACAGAGCCGCCUUGCCUGUAGAGUGCUGGGCUGAAAACGUUAACAGAUACUACAGCUCCCAGAAUGCAGCGGGAGGCAGAGGAGGAGCAGCACAGGCGGGAGAAGAGUUGUCGGAGCUGGAGACGCUGUACCAGGCCAGUCUGCAGGCUCCCAGCAUGCACCGGGGCAGCCGUGGAGUCAACCCACAACCAGAGGGCAGCAGACCAGGUGUGAGGAGGACGCCGUCAGGAUCUGGACGCUCCAAAACACCGACGGCUGAAAUCGAGAGAUAUGCCUACAGGAGUCCGGUCUCACCUGUGCAGAAGCCCCCUGCAGGCGAAGAUGAGAACUACAGCGCAGAAAACCUGCGGCGCCUCGCUCGUAGUCUGAGUGGAACCGUCAUUGGGUCGAGACCGCAGAACCCACCACGCACCUGUGACCCCUCUGUGUCCAGGUCCCCCCUCAGAAACUCAAACCUUCACCACUCCUCUUCCUCACUCCUCCUGCACCACCCCAGCAACUCCUCCCUGCACCUUCCCACCUCCACCUCCUUCCCAGCAGAUCACUCCUCCUUCCACCAACCCCGACACCAUUGGCCCCCAGCACCACAACACCCCCACAUGCAGACUUCACGACCCCCCAGCUCGGUGCCCUCCUCCUGGGGACACUCAGGAGCUGCUUCGCAUCUCCAGCAGCAGUUUCUGGUUGUGUCUGACAGGAGUCAGACUCCCUCGGGUCUCCACAGCAUCGCACUGAAUUACGGCACUCUUCCUCAUCCUCCUCGCCGCGCCCCACCCUCCUCCUCCUCCUCCCUUCCCAGGCCCAGAACCGGUCCUGCUGCUUCGGUGGGUCCACAGAGUCUCUAUGCCACCCUGGUCCCCCCUCGCCGCACCGCCAACACCUCUAUCAGCCACCAUCAGCAGGCGUCUCUGACUGGGAGAGGAACCGGCUCCGCUCCACAGCGCCCCCAUGUGUCAGGAGACGUCCCCCCUCAGCCCCUCCGCCUGGAUGUUCCCCCUGAAACCGACUGGCGCCGUGACGUGGGAUACAGGACUGGUCAGUCCAUCUCCUCCUGGGACCCGCGGUCCAUUCGGAGCCAGCGGCCCGUCCAGUGGACAGACAGGGGCCCCUUUAGGGGCCCUCAGCUCUGCUCGCUCUGCCACCAGCUUCCUGCAGACCCGGGACGUCCUUACUGCCCGACUUGUGCAGCUUAUGUGGCCCGAUAUCGUUCAGGCUGCAAACAGUGACCGAGACAUCGGCAGAUUCAUGUCUGAGAUGUUUGUUGAGCUUCAACCAGGAGCAGAAGAUCAGAGGAGACCUCACCUCUGCUCCUGACCCAUGGACCUGAGCAGAACAUUCCGGAGACGUCAGCGAGUUUCUGCUGGACUGAAGCAGAUUCAGACCAGAACAGAGACGGAUCACAACCCAGACCCACCAGCUCUUGAAGCUCAGGAGAACUCUCAGAUAUCACCCUCCAGUCCUGCAGAACCGCCUCCGUUCUGCUGUAGAACUUCAGUCCUGCAGCUGCAGCACGUGAAGAAAGGACUUCCUGUGUGCAUUUUGAAUAGAAACGGGUAUAUUUUUGUAGGCUUGUCGCUCUGCUUCAAGCAUAGAUGAUCUCCAGGAUUCUGAGCUGGAUCUAGUGGACCGUAGAGCUCAUCAGCGUUUCUCUUGUCUUGUUUGGAUGUUCAGCCUUCUUUAGAUUCAGAUCGAAGCUUUCUUCUGGCAGGGUUGCAGCUAAUAUUUAGCAUGAUGUUUAUUAUUAUAGCCUCAGUGUUCUGCUCUUCAUCUGCAGAUCUUCUCAGUGAAGUAACUCCACUGCAUCUAGCUCUGAUGUUGUCCACUUCAGAAGAGAUUGAGGUCGAUUUAUCUUUCAUUUCUUCCCCAUCAACGUGUUCCAGGUCUCUUUAGAUGAUGGAAGAACUUAAACUGCUGACUCCACCCAGCUGGUGCUCCAGAUGAACCAAAACCCUGAAGUUAUCUUCAGACCAGCUGUAGAUCUGGGUCAUUCUAGACAUGAAGCUUCAGAGGUUAAAGUUUGUGUUUCUGAUCUGAGACCAGAAAGUUCUUCAUCAUGUCAGUUUUUCUUUCUGCUUUGUCAGAUAUUAUUUUUCUACACUGUCCACCUAACAGAGACAAGAUGAUUAAAAUGUUUCAUGGAAACGUU